GGCCGUCCUCGGGCAGCGCUCUUCGGGCUCGGUCCCGGCCUUCGGGCGGCCCCGGCCAGCGCCUUCGGGAAGGCUCGGCGGAGUCCGGAUGGAGGACUCGGACUCGGCCGCCAAGCAGCUGGGCCUGGCCGAAGCAGCGGCGGUGGCGGCCGCGGCCGCUGUGGCGGCGGCGGCCGCGGCCGCGGCGGGAGGCGAGGCGGAGGAGCCGGUGCUCAGCAGAGACGAGGACUCGGAAGAGGACGGGGACUCGGAGGCGGAGCGCGAGACGCGGCGGGUGACGGCCGUGGCGGUGAUGGCCGCCGAGCCCGGGCACAUGGACAUGGGCGCUGAGGCCCUGCCUGGCCCCGACGAGGCCGCCGCGGCCGCCGCCUUCGCAGAGGUGACCACUGUGACGGUGGCCAAUGUGGGUGCGUCUGCAGACAACGUCUUCACCACGUCGGUGGCGAACGCCGCCUCGCUCUCGGGACACGUUCUGUCUGGGAGGACAGCCCUUCAGAUUGGGGACAGCCUGAACACCGAGAAAGCCACGCUGAUUGUGGUGCACACGGACGGGAGCAUUGUGGAAACCGCUGGGCUGAAGGGGCCGGCUGCGCCUCUCACGCCAGGUCCCCAGUCUCCUCCGACUCCUCUGGCUCCUGGCCAAGAAAAGGGUGGCACCAAAUACAACUGGGACCCGUCGGUGUACGACAGCGAGCUGCCCGUGCGCUGCCGCAACAUCAGUGGCACCCUGUACAAGAGCAGGCUCGGCUCAGGGGGCCGGGGGCGCUGCAUCAAGCAGGGCGAGAACUGGUACAGCCCCACCGAGUUUGAAGCCGUGGCGGGGAGAGCCAGCAGCAAAGACUGGAAGAGGAGCAUCCGCUACGCGGGCCGGCCGCUGCAGUGCCUCAUUCAGGACGGGAUCCUAAACCCUCACGCCGCCUCCUGCACUUGCGCCGCAUGCUGCGAUGACAUGACCCUGAGCGGUCCCGUCAGGCUCUUUGUCCCCUACAAAAGGCGCAAGAAGGAGAACGAGCUGCCCACAACUCCGGUUAAGAAGGAUUCGCCGAAGAACAUCACGCUGCUCCCCGCCACCGCCGCCACCACCUUCACCGUGACCCCCUCAGGACAGAUCACUACCUCCGGCGCUCUGACCUUUGACCGGACAUCCACCGUGGAGGCCACUGCCGUGAUCUCGGAGAGCCCGGCCCAGGGCGAUGUCUUCGCGGGAGCCACAGUCCAGGAAGCCGGCGUGCAGCCGCCGUGCAGAGUCGGCCACCCGGAGCCCCACUACCCCGGCUAUCAGGACAGCUGUCAGAUAGCACCCUUCCCAGAAGCAGCGCUGCCGACCGCUCAUCCCAAAAUAGUGUUGACAUCGCUGCCGGCCCUGGCGGUGCCCCCCUCCACCCCAACCAAAGCCGUUUCUCCCACCGUGGUCAAUGGGCUGGAGAUGUCAGAACAGCGGAGCUGGCUGUACCUGGAAGAGAUGGUCAAUUCCUUGCUCAAUACUGCACAGCAACUGAAGACGCUGUUUGAACAAGCCAAGCAGGCCAGCUCCUACCGGGAAGCCGCGGUGGCCCAGGCUCGAGUUCAGGCAGAUGCAGAGCGGAAAGAGCAGUCCUGUGUCAACUGCGGCCGCGAGGCCCUGAGCGAGUGCACCGGCUGUCACAAGGUCAACUACUGCUCCACCUUCUGCCAGCGCAAGGACUGGAAGGACCACCAGCACAUGUGCGGGCAGUCGGCGGCCGUCACCGUCCAGGCGGACGAAGUCCAUGUCACUGAGAGCGUGAUGGAGAAAGUCACUGUGUGAGAGCACGCCGGGUCCCCCUCCGUGGUGCCACGAGCCUGUCGCAGGUCCAGGACCCCUUGAGGACUUUAGGGGACGUUGAGGAGAAGGUGAAGAAACUUGCUGGCCAAGUUAUUAACAGACUUUAAGUGACCUGUGCCCUGGAAAUGAACUCCUGCCGCCAGAAGCCCAAGGAGGGUUGGGGCCGUGGGGACGGGCGGCCCCGGGCCACCUCGGCGCCUCCUCUCGGUGCUCUUUUUUAUCCCUUGGAUCAUGAGCGUCCGGUCUUACCCACGGGUGUGUCGUGUUGUGUAACACGUGUGUACAUACAUGUGUCUGUCAAUAAAGGUGACGUCCCCCUGCUCCGCCCGGACGGGGGACUCCAGCUCCA